AUGAGCAAUAACAACAACAAUAAUAGUAAUAAUAACGAGAUUAAUAAUAAUAAUAACAAUCAAGCAGACACGAGCAUGCAACAACUUCACAUGUUGCAACAAUUUAUGAAUCAACUUUCCAACAAGAAUGAUUCAAAUAAUAAUAAUAACAACAACAACAACAACAACAAUUCAAUAACGUUACAGCAACAACAACAAAUGUAUAACGCCAUGAUGCAACUUGUUUCAUCCAACCAGAACAACAACAAUAGCCCAAACCUUUCGACUCAACCAUCGCCCUCAAAUUCAAGUCCGUUCUUCUUUUCUGUGAACAUGCCUGCAAAUAAUAAUAGUACUAAUAAUGCUAACAACAACAACAACAAUAGUAGUAGUAGUACAGGAAUCUAUUCAACGAAUAGCAGCUUUUCAUCUCUUCCUCAACAACAACAACAAGCAAAUAAGACCACUUCUUUAACCAUAAAUGAAAAAUCGGACUCGAUCACGAAUAGUACAAGCACGAGUGGUAGUGCGAAUAAUACUAAUAACAACCAAUUCAUGACUAACAUGAUGAUGAACAUGCUCAUGAUGAUGUUGAAUAAUAACAAUAACAAUAACGGAGGAUCUUCUCUACCUAUGGAACAACUUCAAGUGUUGAACAAUACAUUCAUGAACAUGAUGGCAACUUCGAAUAAUCCUCAAUCAUUGCAAUUACAACAACCUCAGCAAACAAUAGCCAAUGCUAGUAAUAAUAAUACCAUGUGGAGUAUGGCCAUUGAUUCUUUGCAGAAACAACAACAACAACGAUCUCAGCAAUCGACUUCCACACAAAAUCAACAACCUCCAACACCACUCUCCGCUACGUCUUCCAUGACCUAUGGCAGUACGAGUACAACAACCACAGCAGCCACUCCGAGUGCAUCUUCCAACUCUUCAAUAGCAACACCCAAUCAACAACAAACUCCAACUCCACUCUUGAACUAUUCCCAUAGCUCGACAAGUUUGAAAAGUAAUCAGACGACUAGUAGUAGUAACAACACGAGUGGUAUGAAUCAACAAUCAUCGUCCCUUCCAACCAAUUUAAAUUCGACCAUGACUCCUUCUUCUCUCUCCUCCAAAGAAUUGGAACAAUUAAUGUUAUUGCGAACGUUGUUGGUAACGGAAAGUGAAAAAAUGAAACACCAUCAACAACAUUUACAACAACAGCAACAACAACAAGGCUUUCCAGGUGGUUCGGGUCAUCACGCUGCUGCUCUGCUUCAACCACCUUCCAUGCAUCAUCAUCAUCAUCAACAAUCACAGCAACAUUUAAUGAAUCCGUUUGGUUCCACGACGGGUUAUGGAAAGAGUAUGCUGUUUAGUCCUACGAGCACAAAUAUGAAUCAAAAUAGUAAUAUAACUUCGUUAUCUAUGAAUAAUGGACCAAUGAUACAGAAUUCUAGUGGAAAUGCAAGUACGGGCAGCUCGGGUAGCACACCUGCAUCAUCCUCUUCAUCUCCGUCCAAUGCUUCAUCAUCAUCUGGAAUUUCCUCAUUACAGAACCAGUCCCAUGUGAUGAGUAAUGGUACAACCACUAAUACUACUACAACGACCAGCACAAACAAUUUUUAUUUUCCACCACCAAUGUCAUCAACCAAUCCUACACCAUCAUCCUCUCCACAAAAUACUUUUAAUUCUGCCAUGCGUGGUAAUUUAAUAAUAACGAACAAGGUCAUGUCAUCCAAGAAAAAAGAAGACGACAAACUUUCAGAUGUGUUGGCAACAAUUCUUGAGAGACAACGAAAUAAUCAUCAGCUUGUCAACCCUCUUGGAAGUGACAAUCCGUUUGGUCAAUUACUUCCUCUCUAUGAACACUCUUUAAAAUUUGGCCAAACAGAUGUGCCCAUGACGCUUCAACACCAACUCAUGUCAGAACUAAUGCGACCACAACAACCAACACAACACCACCACCAACCCAACACUCCUUUGCAACAGCAAUCAUCUUCUGCCUCUCACACAUUGGCACCGUCUGCUUCGUUUUCUUCCUUUACUGCCGGAAAUUUCUCAGAGGAAAAUCUCAUGUUUUUCAAUUCUUCGUUAGAAGAUUUUCUACAAGAACCAACUCAAGAUAAUACUAGUACUCUAUUUCCAUUUUAUGACAAUUAA